AUGUCCUCCGCAAUUGACUCAUCCUCCAUCUUCCGCGUUGAUGGUAUCGUAGCCGUCAUCACCGGCGGAGGCAGCGGAAUCGGACUCACAAUGUCCCGUGCCCUCGCCGCCAACGGUGCAAAGAAAGUAUACAUCCUCGGCCGCCGCAAAGAAGUCCUCGAGACAGCCGCGGCCUCCUACCCGAACAUAAUCACCCCGAUACGAGCAGACGUGACCUCAAAAACCGAUCUCCAAGACGCAGUAGACAAAAUAAACCUCGAAACCGGCUACGUGAACCUCGUGAUCGCAAACUCCGGCACAAUCGGCCCCGUCGUACGAUUCAACCCGGCCCCGUCAACAACGGUGUCCGAGUUACGUGAUACGUUGUUCACGGGGUUCGAUCCGCAGGACAUGACAGAUACGUUGCAUGUGAACGUCACGGCGGCGUUCUUUACCAUGACAGCGUUCUUGGAACUCUUGGAUGCAGGUAAUAAGAAGGCCCAGGAGGGCGGCUUUGGAGGACCGGUGUUUGGAUCGGCCCAUGCUCCUGUCCCGACAGUUCAGAGCCAGGUCAUAUUCACGACAAGCGUUUCGGCGUUUAGUCGGCAUUGGUCGUCGUCGCCCCCGUAUUUGACAAGUAAGGUGGCGGUGAUGCAGAUUGCCAAACAUGCUAGUACGCAGCUGGCGAGGUUUGGGAUUCGCGUGAAUGCUAUUGCGCCGGGGGUCUACCCAUCCGAGCUAGCAUCCUCGCUGAUCGGGAACCGCAAACCCGAAGAAGAGGCAUUCGAGGAUCCGCGAUUCAUACCUGCGCGCCGGUUCGGCGGGGACGAGGAGAUGGCUGGGGCGAUUUUGUACCUGGCGAGUCGCGCUGGGAGUUAUUCGAAUGGGUCGAUUCUGUUGACGGACGGGGGAAGAUUGUCCGUUAUGACGGGGACUUAUUAG